AUGACUUGUACUCAUGCAGCGUUGCGAAGAAACGACUUGGUUCAACUUGGUUUUAGAUAUGAUAAUAUUGUCAUGGAGGAAGCUGCUCAGAUUUUGGAAGUUGAAACAUUCAUUCCACUUCUUCUUCAGAAUCCACAAGACGGUCAUAACCGAUUAAAGCGAUGGAUUAUGAUUGGUGACCAUCACCAACUACCGCCGGUUGUUCAGAAUCAAGCGUUUCAAAAAUAUUCGAAUAUGGAACAAUCGUUGUUUGCAAGACUUGUUCGCCUUGGUGUGCCGAAUGUUCAAUUGGACAAGCAAGGUCGUGCGAGAGCAGAAAUUGCCGCUCUUUACCAAUGGAGAUAUAAGAAUCUUGGAAAUCUGCCACAUGUUGAGGAGUUGCCCAAUUUUCAGCGCGCAAAUGCUGGUUUCGCAUUUCCAUUUCAACUUAUUGAUGUUCCUGAUUUCAACGGUUGCGGCGAAACUCAACCGAGUCCAUAUUUUUAUCAAAAUCUUGGGGAAGCCGAAUACGCUGUCGCAUUGUACACGUAUAUGCGAAUUCUUGGAUAUCCUGCCGACAAAAUUUCGAUUAUUACGACCUAUAAUGGACAAGCUCAGUUGAUUCGCGAUGUUGUUCAACGAAGAUGCACUAGUAAUCCGCUUAUUGGCCCACCUGCGAAGAUUUCAACUGUGGAUAAAUAUCAAGGACAACAAAACGACUAUAUCAUACUUUCAUUGGUAAAAACGAAAAAUAUUGGACAUAUUCGGGAUAUUCGUCGUCUUAUUGUGGCGCUCUCUCGCGCGCGUCUUGGACUUUAUGUACUCGGACGAGCGGAGUUGUUCAUGAAUUGCUUCGAAUUGACGCCAGCGAUGCGUGUGUUUGCCAAAUAUCCGCCAAAACUCGUCAUUUUGCCACACGAACCGUAUCCGACUGAGAGAAAGGUUACUGAACGAUCGCAAGAUGGAGAUCCCAUUCAAAUUGAAGACACAUUGCACAUGACUCAAUUUGUUCACGCGUUCUAUAUGAGUAACGUUGACGUAAUGAAGGCCAAUUAUGAGCUCGCAAUGGCGCAGUACAUGGAAUCUCAAAGAGUGAUUCAACUUCAACCCGUGAUUGAUGAAGAAAUGCAAGAGGAGACUGAAGAGCAGAAGCUUGAAAGGCUAACACAAGAAAGAAAGAAGAAAAUCGAUGCGGAAGACAAAGCUGAGGCGGAUAUUGUUUUUGAAGAUAUGGAUCAUGAGCGUCAAGAACAGCCUUCGAGUUAA